AUGAGUGUUAAAGCAGCAAUGGAAAAUGUUGCUCGAUUUUAUCGAAAUAGUAUUGGUACAAAGAGAGAUAUUCAGAGUGCAAAUUAUUGGUACAUAAAAUAUAAAAGUCUUGUGAAAACUUUUAAAUCACCAGAUAAUAUCAAUCCUGAACUUAAGAGAAUAUUAGAUGAUGAUAAAUUUAAAUUAUCUUGGAUUGAUUAUAAUGAGUUCAGUGUUAUCAGGAAAGAGGAAAGUUUUGUAAAUAA